AUGUUCCGCACUGCGCCUCGCAUGGCCGGUUUCGUGUUCCGCGAGAACCGUGUCCCCUACUACCAGCGUCUGUUCCAGAACCACGACGGCAAGCGUCAAUGGUGGAAGACCUCCCGUAGCAGUUACAUCAUGUACCCCUACCUCAUUUCCGUCUACGGCCUCGGUGCUGCCACCACCUACGCCAUGUGCCGCAUGGUCUUCGGCAAGAAGACCUGGUUCGGUGACAAAUAA